UAAUCAGGCCCGGAACUGAGCGGUCUCGCCAUUUUCAGCAGCAGACAGAUCGAGCUCCAAGUAGUGUAAUCAAGGCAGGUCAUUGCAGCAAAUCUAGGCCCAUGAGUUGAGUCUGUGCGUGCAGCAGAGAUUUUAGCUUACGUCUGUAGAUAUGUCGCACUCUGGGUCGUUGUAUACGGGCGGGUCCUCCCUAUCCAUGGAGGGUCCCUCCGGCGAUGGGACUAUGGGGGAGGAAGGCGCUACAGCGAGCCCAGAACAGGAGCUCACCGGGCAAGAGCUGAACAAGAUCCUGAAGACGCUGGAGCUCGGCACGGUGCUGACAAAGUUCUUCCACAAGAGAAAGCCAGAGAACAGGACCUUCCAGGUGAAGCUGGAGACCAGACAGAUCGUCUGGAGCCGGGCGCUCGGUCGAGUGGAAGGAUCAGUGGACCUUAGGGAAGUCAAGGAGAUUCGUUCCAGUAAGCAGUCUCGAGACUUUGAGCGUUUCGUAGAUGAAGCCAAGAAGUUUAAAGAGUCACAGUGUUUUGUGAUCUGCUAUGGUACAGACUUCAGGAUGAAGUUUCUAUCACUUGUUGCAAUCAGUCCAGAGGAACAGAGCCUGUGGGUCCGAGGGAUCCGAUAUCUAAUAGACGACACCAGGAAGUCACCCUGGCCGCUGCAAGCAGAAAGAUGGCUACGAAAGGAGUUCUAUGACAUGGACAGAAACAGGAGCAAUACAGUGACCUUGAAGGACAUCAUGGCGUUCCUUCCCAAGGUCAACCAAAAAGUGAGCAACAAGAAGGAGCUCAAGGAAGAAUUCCAGAAAGUGGACACUGUGAACAAAUCUGAAAUAUCAUUUGAACAGUUCAAACCCCUCUACUACAAUCUCAUCCACAGAAGAGAGAUCGAAGACAAGGUCUCAGGAUGUGUUAGUGAUAGUGGAACAGUGACCAUGGCAGCUUUUCAGAAGUUUGUAUCUGAAGAACAAAGGGCAGCUAGUGAAGGUACAGCUCUCAAUCCCUUCCAGUUGGAAGAGUAUGUGAAGAGAUACUUAGAUGAUCCCCUGAGACAGGCAGUGGAGCCAUACUUCACUGCACAAGAGUUCCUAGAAUAUUUGUUUUCCCGGGAGAACUCCAUCUUCAACGAAGCCAAGGAGAAGGAGGUUCACAUGAACAUGGACCUGCCCUUCUCCAACUACUGGAUAGCCUCCUCCCACAACACGUAUCUAACUGGUGACCAGUUCAGCAGUGAUUCCUCUGUGGAGUCCUACGUUCAGGUCUUGCGCAAGGGAUGCAGAUGUGUGGAAUUGGACUGUUGGGAUGGUCCUGAUGGUAUCCCUGUGAUCUACCACGGCCACACCCUCACCAGCAAGAUCAAGUUCCUGGACGUCAUCAGGGCUGUACGGGAUCACGCGUUUGACGUCUCAGAAUAUGCAGUCAUCCUAUCCAUAGAAAACCACUGCAAUAUAGCCCAGCAGAGAACCAUGGCCACUCUCCUGAAGGAAACGUUUGGAGAAAUGCUCCUGACCCAGCCUGUGGAUCUCAAUGCCAUGGAGCUGCCCUCCCCCAAUCAACUCAAGAGGAAAAUCAUCAUUAAGCACAAAAAGCUCCCUGAUGGCAGUGAUGACACAAGGACAUCUGCCAGUAACUCCCUUGAGGAAGAUGAAGGGAGAGAGGGAGACCUGAGCAAUGCAUUGAAAAACGGGAUCCUACUGCUGGAAGAUCGCGUGGAUCGUACAUGGAGUGCUCAUUUCUUCAACCUGACGUCGAGACAGCUGUCCUACACAGAGGAGCAGGAGCGGAGGGUGGUGGAGGAUGAUGAUGAGGAGGAUGAAGAAGAGGACGAGGAUCAGAUUCCUGAGGAUAUCCCAAUCCAGGAGCUCCACUUCAGCGAGCCAUGGUUCUAUGGUAAGGUGCCAGGUGGGAGGAAGGCAGCAGACAAAAUGCUGAGGGAGUAUGUCAGAACUAAGAGUGCCCCUGAUGGAUGCUUCCUGGUCAGGGACAGCGACACCUUCGUCGGAGACUUCUCUCUGACAUUCUGGAAGUCUGGUCGACCCAACCACUGCCGCAUCCGCUCCAAGCAGGACCAGGGCAAGCCCACCUUCUAUCUCAUAGACAACAUGCCGUUUGACAGUCUCUACAGCAUGGUGACGUACUACCGCCAGUAUCCGCUGAAGGCCAACGAAUUUGAGUUAGUCCUGACGGAUCCGGUGGAGCCGCCACACAGCCAUGAAGGCAAGGACUGGUACAACCACCCUCUCAGCCGUGCCCAGGCCGAGGAGAUGCUGAAGCGAGUCAGAAAGGACGGAGCCUUCCUGGUGCGAAAGAGCGAGACGGACUCAGAGUCUUACGCGAUUUCCUUCAGAGCGGAAGGGAAGAUCAAACAUUGCCGGAUCAAGCAGGAUGGCCGACUGUAUGUGAUCGGGACAGCACAGUUCGAGAGUCUCAUCAAGCUGGUCAACUACUACAAGGAAAACGCUCUGUACAGGAGAAUGAAGCUACGCUAUGCAGUCAAUGAAGAAGUUGUCAAAAAUGUGGGACAGGAACCAGAGGAGGAGGCCAUCUACAGCGGACCAGAUAUCUACAUGGAGCCCAACCUGUUCAUGUCCAACGUGAAGGUGCAGGCCUUGUACGACUACCGCGCUCAGAGGGACGACGAGCUGUCCUUCUGUAAACAUGCCAUCAUCUACAAUGUCCUCAAACAGGAUGGAGGCUGGUGGCGAGGGAUGUAUGGAGGUGUACGUGAGCACAAGUGGUUCCCUUCGAACUACGUGGAAGAGAUGGACCAGAAACAGAACAGCAUCGAGGAGAACCCACUGGGCAGUCUACAGCAAGGGGUCAUAGACAUCCAGUCCUGUACAGUAGACCUCCUGCAGGGAGGGAAGGGGGAUCAGAGAUGGGUGUUCCGCAUCAUCACGCCCAUGAACGAACGACCUCUAGAGAUCGCGGCCAGGUCAGAGGAAGAGAUGCACGAGUGGGUGGACACCAUCCGAGACGCGGCUCGCAUGGCGGUGGUCCAAGCAGUCGAGGACAAAGACCUGGAGAGGCGGAAACGGAUCGCUCGCGAACUGUCCGACCUUGUCGUGUACUGCCGGUCGGUUUCCUACGAGGAGGGCAGGCGGGGGCAGUACUACGAGAUGUCCUCGUUCCCGGAGACCAAGAUGGAGAAGAUGGCCGUGAAGGGGAAGGCGCCGAUGCUACUGGAGUACAACCAUCACCAGCUGAGCAGGAUCUAUCCCAAAGGGCAGCGGAUCGACUCCUCCAACUACGACCCCAUGCCGCUGUGGUCGGUGGGCUGUCAGCUGGUGGCGCUCAACUACCAGACUCCCGACCGCCCCAUGCAGCUGAACGAAGCCAUGUUUCAGCAGAACGGCCGCAGCGGGUACAUCCUCCAGCCGGACUGCAUGCGUGACCCCGUGUACGACCCCUUCAUCCGUAACACACUGAGGGGGGUGGACCCGAUCACCGUGACUCUCACCAUCUUCGGCGGCCGCCAUUUGCCAAAGGCGGGUCGAGGCAUCGCCAGCCCCUUCGUGGAGGUUGAGAUCAUCGGAGCAGAGUACGACAACAGCAAGUUCAAGACUGAGACGGUUAAUGACAAUGGCCUCAACCCACUGUGGACCAAGGCCGAGUGUGAGUUUGACGUGGCCAACCCAGAGAUAGCGUUCCUGCGGUUUGUUGUGCAAGAUGAAGACAUGUUUGGUGAUCCCAACUUCCUGGGCCAAGCCACUUACCCUGUCAAGUCUCUCAGGAGGGGGUUCCGGUCUGUGCCAUUGAACAAUGGCCACAACGAGGAGAUAGAGAUGGCCAGCCUGCUGGUCUACAUCGACAUCUGCAAUGCAAGGGAGGAUGAUGAUGAAGACAUCUACAACAACAUUGUCACACUACGAGACAAGACCCAGAUACUGUUUGACAAGGUGAACAACAUUGGCAGGGACCACACCAGCCCUGAGGAGCAGAACAAGUACAUGGCCGAGCUCAGGCACACCGAGGAGGAGCUCUUAAAACUCAACGAACAGCGCCGAGCGAGGAGGAACAAGAGCAGGCGGGGAGCGAUUGCUGGGAUCACCAACCACAGACACAUGGCAGCCAGGAAGACCCCCAGCUCUGCCAGUACCUCUUCCCUCAAGUCCCUCAGGCACUGAGGGGGAGGGGGGCACUGAGGGGGAGGGGGGCAGGGUUUCCUUCAACCAAGACGGAACAAUACAGCUCUCGCCUUGUAGUUGUAUACAGGAUGAACUUAGUCUUUCACUGCUUAAACUACUCAAGUAUCACAGGACUGUGUAAAGAAUUUGUGAUGGUUGUGGCAUUUUGCCAUCAUUGUAGAACUUACUGAAAGGUCACACCUAGUGGGUGGGUGGAGAAAAAGAGAUCAAAAACAGCUUGCUCCAAGUUCGAUCAGAACAGCUUGCUCCAAGUGGGAUCAAGAAUAGUUUGUUCCAAGUUUUGUUCUGAUAAUAGGUUUUGAAAAGGUUCCACAGUACUCGGCGUAUCCAUUGUGUCUGUGAUAGAGGGGAGUAACUGCAGUGGUUGAAUGUCCUGAUCCUCCUUGUUGUGUAAUAACAACAGCAUGCUUGAACAUAAAGUAUACCAUGUACAAGUUGCACAAGCAGCUACGCAAUGCAUUAUGAUUGUGGGCCUAGCCAUGAAAGCUCUCUGACUAUUGUAAAAGUUUGUCGAAGUUUCUUUUGAAAUUAUAUACCACAGAGUAAAGCAAAAGAAGUUGUCAAAUGUUGUUCAAAUAGACAUGCAAACUACAGACUUCUAAGGAAAGUAAUCAGAAAACAAUAAGAGCUCUUAAUAUGGGAACAAUGUAUAAUGUACAUGUAGUCAAGAAUCAUUUUAUUGUUGGCUUCUGAAAGGUUUUUAUAUGCUCUUGGUAUGUUUGUAAGGCUGGUAAAGUAAAGGGAGCCUGUGUCAACCUCUUGCACACACUGUAAUGUAAUAUAUUCUAAACGAGCUUAAUAUAAGAUGAUAAUUUCCCUGCUAAAUUUGUGACCAUUUUAGAGUAAUAACCUGUUUGCUCUGCACUCGCUGGUGCUGGAAUUUUCUACUUCUGAAGUGUAAGAUGGCAAUCAGAAACAGUCAUACCACUGUUUGCAAUAUGAUAUGUAACCGGUUAUUCAAGUUGCCAUUGCAAAGAUGCCCACCAACAACCAAAAGUUUCCUUCUGGGCAAGAUGAAGUUGUAUUUAUUCCAAGUGGUCAGUUAUUACCUCACUGAGACUGAUUUUUCUUAUGAUGUUACCCUACUAGUUCUACUUCGUAGUUUUUCCUUUGAUGAUACUGAAGUAGUUUACAGCAGAAGAAUCUUCAAAUGUAGAUUUAAUUGUUCCGGUAUCAUUCCAGUAAACGGUUUAAUGUAUAAAUUGUAAAUCUCAGCACUUCCCAAAGGCUAAGAAACUUGUCUUAAGGUACCACAGUCUUAAGUCAUGUGAGAUGUAGUCUUGUCUGAUGCAUGCUGCUUCAGAAUUUAAUUAUGAGUCUUUAAUUCUUAUGAUAAGCUGUAGGUGUUUAGGUUCUGGGUAUUACAAUAAUGGUUCAAGCCAAGACUCACAAGGAAGUUAGACUUCCAUGGGAAAUGUUAUAAUUGACAAAGAUGACACCAUUUAGAAUGAAGUCAAUGCUGUUUUUUCUGGGAUAUAUAGAACUGGAAGCAUUGUUAUACUAGACAAUUAGGACAUUACUCAAGCUCAUAUAAAACAGUUGAAUCUUGGAAUAAUGUGAGAGUACAGUUAUGGACAUUUCAUCUGUCGAAGGGUGUUUUUAAGUGCAAUGUAAUGAUAAUGUAACAAAGGUUCCAAACUAUCUUUGUCAUGAUGGCAAAAUUGUGUUCUUGAGAGAAAGAAUUGUUGUGGUGAGUAUUCUUCAUAUCGUUGAACUGUAGAGGUACCGCCAAUGAUUUUUGUAUGACAUUGUAUAUAGAUGUGCAUUUUAUGGAAUCCAGGUCUUUAUACAAUGUAUUAUACUCCAAAUACGCUUUUUUUUAUUAUUGACGCUUGUUUGAAUGAUAAAUGGGACUUGAGAGGUUAAAAUCCCAAGGAAACAGCUGAACAAGUACUAGACGUAGUUGCAUAGCUCUUCAGAUUUUGAUCUUCGCUUUUCUUGUUUGUUAGUUUUUGUAAAGAUGUUUGAAUAUUACCAAGAAAAUGUGAGAACUGCAGAAAGAAAGAAGUUUGUUUAUAAAGGAAGAAUAAGUGAUCAAAUCUUUUACUACUCCAUGCAGGGAACUUUGCAAGUUCUUGUUGAUCAAAUUCAUGUAACGAAAUGAAAAUUUUGAAAAAACAAUUAUUUCAAAAGAUAAAAAAUGGGCAAGAAAUGUAUUCCAUUAAAAACAGAAGAAGAAGUUAAAUGUUACAUCCCUACAUUCAUUUGAAUGUUCAGCAAGAAAUCAGAUUUCUAUAUCUAUUAUGAAACAGACUAUACGUGAAUCUACUCAAGUUUUUAACACAUAAAAAUUACAUGUUGGUUGAGGAGGCGGUGUUAUUUUACCUGCAUUUUACAAAAUUGUAGCUUUCAUUUAAAAUGUUAGUAAGUGCUUCAGGGAACAAUUGGUUCAAAAAUCAAAUAAAGCCUGAGUGUGUAAUUGUAAGUACGUCUAUCAAUGAUGUCUUGUACACAACUACAGUCCAGUUACUCAUCUUAAUGUACUACUACUGAACAGCUUUAAGUGAGAAAGAUGUCAUGAUGGGGACUGAUCAAUUCUGUGAUUGCUUUCUGUAAAAUACAAUAUGCGGUGAUCUGACAAAAAAGAAAUCCCCCAGAAUGUAACAUACACGGAAAUAAAAUUGUACUGCAUACCUAUAAUGCUAUUUUGAAUGUGAACUUCUACCUACACAGCUGAAUAAUAUUUGGAAUGUAAAAAAAAUGCAUUGUGAAAAACUAACUC